AUGGAAGGUCCUUCUUCUGUCAAACGUGCCAGGAUUGAGGAAAGGGUUUGUCGAUCACUCAAUGAUCUCCCAGACGAAAUAUUAAUGGAGAUCUUUGCAAUGGUAUCUGUUUAUGACAUCCGUGACCUAUGCAACAUUGAGCGAAGGUGCAAAGAUUUCUUACGUCUUGCUAGGGAUAGUUUUUCAACUCAAUGGCUAGACCUGAACAUGUUUGGGAAACAUGUUGGAAAAUUCCUAUCUGAAGAUAUUCUUUAUCGACAUCGAAAAUAUACCGGACGUGAAGGAAAAACAUUUAUUUGGAAUACUCUGUCAACACAUGUUCGAUCAAAAGCUGAAAUUGUUCUCAAUGUUGCUUCUAGCGAAAUUGCUUCCCUCCUGCUUCCUAGAGGAAGAACAACACAUUCUAGAUUUCGUAUUUUUAUUCAAAUUACUAAGGACUCAACAUGUAACAUAAAGAAAAAUUCUACGCUUGCUGAGUUACUGUCAAAAACAAAGUUAAUCAUUUGGGAUGAAGCACCAAUGGUACACAGAUUUUGCUUCGAGGCUCUGGACAAAACACUUAGAGAUGUUCUUAGAUUUUCUGAUGCCUGUUGUGUUGAUAAGCCAUUUGGUGGAAAGGUUGUUGGUUUGGGAGGUGACUUUUGCCAAAUAUUACCUGUUAUUCCUCAUGGUAGCAGGCAAGAGAUAGUGAAUACCACCAUUAAUUCUUCCCCUCUUUGGUCCCAUUGUCAGUUAUUAACUUUAACCAAGAACAUGCACCUAAGUUCAGGAGGUGGCAUUCAAAAUUUGAUGGAGGUAAAACAUUUUUCUGAAUGGCUUCUUAAAGUAGGGGAUGGUGAUCUUGGAGAUGAUGUUGAUGGAGAAUCUAUGACCACAAUUCCAGGUGGAUUAUUAAUUAAAGAAUCAGAACAUCCACUCUCGGAUUUGAUUGAUUUUGUUUACCUGAAAGAUAAUCAUUCUGAACUCGAGGAUGCUGAAUUUUCUCCUGAGAUUUUAAAUACCUUCUCAUGUUCAGGAAUUCCUAACCAUAAAUUAAUUCUGAAGUUUAAUGUGCCUGUUAUGCUGUUGAGAAAUAUUGAUCAAUCAAGAGGAUUGUGCAACGACACAAGAUUGCUUAUUUCAAGAUUAGGUAACCGAGUUGUUGAGGCAACUGUUCUUACAGGAAGCAACAUAGGACAAAUUGUCCUAAUUCUUAGAAUGACAAUGAACCCAUCAAGCCAUGCAUUCCCGGUAAAUUUUCAAAGAAGACAAUUUCCCCUGGUCGUUUCAUUUGCAAUGACUAUCAAUAAAAGUCAAGGACAAUCACUUUCUCAUGUUGGUUUUUAUCUCCCUAAGCCUGUCUUCACUCAUGGGCAAUUAUAUGUUGCACUAUCAAGGGUAAAAAUCAAACAUGGAUUGAAAAUUUUAAUACUUGAAGAUGAUGGGAAUGUUACAAAUACCACCAUUAAUAUUGUCUACAAGGAAGGUGCUAUUAAUGGUGCUGGAUAG